GCAAACAGCACAGGGGUUUUUUAAAGUCUCUUCAGGCUGAAAUAAUGUCUUCAGUAUCCAAGCCUUCCCUAAAAAGUGCUAUCGAGAGUAUGCUCACUUGGACAAGUUUCAAAAUCAGCAAGCCAGUUCCUGAAGAUAAUGGAGCACUGAAAAACAGAGACAUUUUCAACAUUGUUGUGACUCCAGAUCGCAUCCCAAAAUUUUUCAUCCCCUCUCUGGAUGUGGAGCACAUUUCCCUUCAGUUGGAGCCAGUGGAAGACAAAGAAGAGCAUUCUCUAGAGAGAAGAAUCUUGAGCGAACUAGCCAAAAAACCCAGACCAACCAGAAGCAAAUCUGAAAUUUGCAUCCGAAAAGAAACUGUCUGCAGAAAAGGGAAGCUGUUCAGAAGAGAGACUCUGUGUUCUACAGAUGGGGUAGCUUCCUCCAGAGAUUUGGAGAAAGUGGCAGACCACUCUGAUCCUGCAACCAGAGCUGCUCUCUCUUUGCCCCAUCUCGCCAAAAUCACCACUCCAUAUGGCUUUCUCACGUUAGGAGAGGUUCCCAACAUUCGAAGGAAAGAAUCUCUCUUUUUUGAGCAUGAUUUUACAGAGAUCAGAACGCUCUUGUCCCAAAGGAAGAAAGCCACCUGUCUUUCCAGGAGUCCAUCUAGUGCCAUGCAUAACCAUCACGAGUCCAUGGAGUGUGUAAAGUCUACAGCCACUCCUCUGAAAAGCAACAGAUCUGUGUCUUGGGAAGUAAUUUGCAACAGCCAGCUACCUCCUCUGUGUUGUACACCAGGCUCUGAAAGGUGCCCUGUGAAAUGUGAGAAGAAAAAAUUUCAGAAGUUGAUAAAGAAUCAUCUGUCCAGUAUCAAACAUAUGCGAUCUCAUCAUCGGGCCAUGGAUAAAUUGGUUAUGCCAGCAGACAGGACAUGAAGCAAACCCAUUUCCUUAACUCAGUCCAAAAUCUGAAAGAGAAUAUCUUCCAGGCUGGUGAAGAAAUUUACCACCCUUAUUAUGCAUUCGGCCUUUCAGAACUCUGGACAGAGACUAGUGAGAAAGUAAAAAAACAACAACAAAAACUUGAUAUUCCUGACAGAAUAAACAUUUCUGGUGUUUACAAACAUCAUGUUCUGCAGCUUUGAAUCUUUCAUAAUGGUGGUCCCUGGAAGGUGUGGAGCCUGGGGUGGAAUAUGUCACUUUUGGAACUGACACAUCACUUCUGGGCCUACCGUG